AGAAUGGGUGACUGGGAGAGGCCUGGUGGUAUGGCAAAGGGAAGAGGGUGUGAGGGUGUGGGUGGUGGGAGGGUGGCUGGCUAGGGAAGUGGUCACUGGGUCUAGGGCCACAAGCACGCUUUUCAUUCUGUAACUGCUUAAUUUACUGUAACAGAAAACUAGACAGCAGGGGUGUGGUGGAAACUUGUGGGGCAGGGGCAGGGGACCAGGGGCCACUGUGGACAAAGCACUUCUUGCUGUGCCCUAGUUUCUUCAUCUCUAAGGGGAUUGGAUUGCCCAGCGCUUCCCAAACUGUGGUGCCUGAGGCACAUUCACACCUGUGUGUGCGCCUGCAACCCUUGGAGUGUCUGUCUUACUGGGGUGUUAAGUUUAUUCAAGAUUCUUUGGGGGACCCACUCUUUUUACAUGAAAUAAUUUUUGUUGCUCAGGAUGCAAAAUUUACAUGCCUUUUAAUUACAGUAAUAAUUGUUGACAUUUCAUGAGCAAUUACUGUGUCAAGUGUUUACCUCUUUAUAUGAUCCUCACAAUCACCCAAUGAGUUACUAUUAUUCCCAUUUUAUAGGUGAAAAAAACUAGGGCACAGCGAGAUGAAAUAAUCCACCCCAAAUCAUAUGUUUUUAAGCAAUGAAGAAUGCUUCCUGUCCCCUUGUCCCUCCCCCCCACCAAAUAUCUGGGCCCACUGAAUGACUGCAUGGUGCCUUGAGAUCGACCCCCAGACCAAUGGGGCUUCUUUCAUGAAGCCUGAAAGGCAAAGGCCUAAAUGAUCUCUGAAGCCCAGCUCUGACAACUCCUAAAUCAACUUUAGCUAAAUCCCUGGAUUGAGGGCUUCACACCACGGAUACCCCUGGAGGAUUAAAGAGGCUGGAGAGGCCCCGCAGGGGUUCUAGGGAUUCACUAGGUGGGGUUUCCCCGGCCCCUUUGGCAAUCCUGAAACCAACAGAGGGCGUGAGGCCUUUGCGUAGGCCACCGCCACCAGCCCGGCAGGGGUGUUUCCAGGCCGCGUUGCCGGACACUUCCUCGUUCCCGCGCCUCCCGGGCUCAGCGCGCAACGCCCAGCGCCGGAGCGCCUCAGGCGGGAGGGGGCCCUCUGAGGGGCGAUGUCGCAACCGUCUCCCUCCCUUUCCCCGCCUUGGCUCUCAGUCACCUCCCAGAUGUGCACGCUAGCAGGCAGCUGCGGGCCGUCGGGCGCCGGGCAUGUCCCUUGAGUGCGCGCAGGCGGCGGGCACUGGGCCCCCGCGCAGCCUGGAGAGGGCCAACCGCACCCGCUUCCCUUUCUUCUCCGACGUCAAGGGCGACCACCGGCUGGUGCUGAGCGUGGUGGAGACCGUCGUACUGUCGCUCAUCUUUGCGGUGUCGCUGCUGGGCAACGUGUGCGCCUUGGUUCUGGUGGCGCGCCGACGGCGCCGCGGCACCACCGCCUGCCUCGUGCUCAACCUCUUCUGCGCGGACCUGCUCUUCACAAGCGCCAUUCCGCCCGUGCUGGCGGUGCGAUGGACCGAGGCCUGGCAGCUGGGCCCGGUCGCCUGCCACUUACUCUUCUACGUGAUGAGCCUGAGCGGCAGCGUCACCAUCCUCACGUUGGCGGCGGUCAGCCUGGAGCGCUUGGUGCGCAUCGUGCGCCUGCAGCGCGGCGGUCGGGGCCCGGGGCGGCGGGCGCGCGCCGCGCUGCUCGCGCUCAUCUGGGGCUACUCGGCGCUGGCCGCGCUGCCGCUCUGCGUCUUCUUCCAGGUCGUCCCGCAGCGGCUCCCCGGCGCCGAGCAGGAAAUCCCAGUUUGCACACUGGUGUGGCCCAAUGUUGCCGGAGAAAUCUCCUGGGAUGUGUCAUUUGUUACUUUGAACUUCUUGGUUCCAGGACUGCUUAUUGUGAUCAGUUACUCCAAAAUUUUACAGAUCACAAAGGCAUCAAGGAAAAGGCUCACGGUGAGCCUGGCAUACUCGGAGAGUCACCAGAUCCGCGUGUCCCAGCAGGACUUGCGGCUCUUCCGCACCCUCUUCCUGCUCAUGGCCUCCUUCUUCACCAUGUGGAGCCCGAUCAUCAUCAUCAUCCUCCUCAUCUUGAUCCAGAACUUCAAGCAGGACCUGGUCAUCUGGCCGACCCUCUUCUUCUGGGUAGUGGCCUUCACAUUUGCCAAUUCGGCCCUAAACCCCAUUCUCUACAACAUGUCACUGUUUAGGAAUGAAUGGAGGAAAAUCUUUCACUGUUUCAUCUUCCUUGAAAAGGGAGCCAUGUUUACAGACACAUCUGUCAGAAAAAAUGACCUGUCUAUUAUUUCUAACUAAUUAACUUUUCUCUAUAGUCAGAGUUUGUCACCCUCUGGCAAGCCAUGGUACAUAUUCACAGGGAGUUAAUUCCUGGACCAUCACACCAGUGUACCUGCUUUAAGAAAAUAUAAGCUAUGCAAUUACGCAUUUAUGGCACCAGUAAAUUAAGAGGUGAUCAGUCAGUGUAACAGCUUUAUCCUUUACCCAAGGAUUUGUUAUGGGUUCCUUUAAAUAUGAACUUUUUCAGUGUGUUUGUAAUAUGGUUGAAUUUAAUAAAAUUUUAUUUAUAACCAUUCA